CUUGUGAGGAGAAAUCCCAUGAUUUGGGGGAAGACGAAGUCCAAGCACAACCCCCGCCAAUCGCUCGAUGAAAAAUCUAAACCAAAACCCUCAGCGUUUUCAUGGGUUCCGGAGGGAUUUUAUGUUGGCUUUGAUGAUUGCUGUACAAGGAUGAUAUGGCCUCCCGCCCAAAGCUGUCUGGUAUUCAGAAGCAGGUUUUGGCGCUGUACAGGGGAUUCCUUCGGACAGCACGCCUUAAGGCCCCUGAAGAACGCCGCAGGAUCGAGUCUGUUAUCUUGGCAGAGUUCCGUGACAACGCAAGGAGUGUUGACCGUAGGAACUUUGUACACAUAGAGUACUUGUUGAGGAGAGGGAAGAAGCAGCUUGAGCAGCUCAAGAAUCCUGAUAUUACUGGACUCGCUACCCUUGUAGUAAAGAAAUGAGCAAGAGAAGAAGGAAGACAAGUCAGACAAAACAGAAGACGAGAAGAGGUUCCUACCAUAACACUUAAGCAAGGAAUCCUGUACACUUCUCUCCUGGUAAAUAGACUGGUAGUAGAGUAAUACAUAUUGUUGCCAUGAUAAAAUGCUAACUGUGCUGCAUAGG